AUGUGGGUGGUAGUGUGGCUAUUACUAGCCAUACUACGGCCAUUAUGGGCAGCCCUGGAUACAGCCGCUGUGAUAGCCAUUCAAAAUGAGCUCAACAAGCAUGCCACUGAACUGGAAAUGCUUCUGGAACAUGUAAAAAACCUUAACGCUCGGGUCAGUGAACUUGGGCGACCAGGCCCACCCGGAAUCAAUGGAUCGCCAGGCUUUCCCGGAUCAAAAGGCGAGAAGGGCGAAAGGGGCAUUGAUGGUAUACCUGGUAAAGCUGGGAUGCAGGGUAUUCCAGGAAUGAAAGGCGAAACUGGACCAAUGGGUCCAACCGGGAUGAAAGGCGACAAAGGGAGUACGGUUAGUUCGAUAUAG